ACGUGGGCCUGGCCCCAGUCGCCGGUGCUGCGCUGCCGACGGACGGACCGACGAAGGCAGAAGGUGAGCGAGCGGACACCUGCCUACCUGCCUGCGCGCAUCCUGAGCCCUCCACGCACUUACGCGCUCUCUGUCUGUCUCUCUCUCUCCCCGGCAGAUGCGUCCUGCUGGAUGUGCGCGGCUGUGGCUGCUGCUGCUGGCGGCGGCGGCCGGCGGGGUCGGGGCGGGGCCGGCGGGGCACGAGGUGGGCUACCUGCCCGGGCUGGCCAAGCAGCCGGCCUUCAAGCACUACUCGGGCUACCUGGACGUGGAUGGAGACAAGCACCUGCACUACUGGUUCGUGGAGGCGCAGGGCGGCGGCGCGGCGGAGAAGCCCCUGGUGCUCUGGCUGAACGGCGGGCCCGGCUGCAGCUCCGUCACCGGCCUGCUCACCGAGCACGGGCCCUUCACGGUCCAGGAGGACGGCGCCACCCUGGAAUUCAACGACUAUGCCUGGAAUAGGCUGGCCCACAUUCUGUACCUGGAGUCCCCGGUUGGCGUCGGCUACUCCUAUUCGGACGGCAAAGACUACCGGACCAACGACACAGAGGUGGCCCGUGUGAACUACCUGGCCUUGAAGGAGUUCCUCCGCCUCUUCCCGGAACACUGCGGCAGGGACUUCUAUCUCACUGGCGAGAGCUACGGGGGCAUCUACAUCCCCACCUUGGCCGUUUGGGUCAUGCAGGACCCCAAAAUCAACCUGAAGGGGGUCGCGGUGGGCAACGGGCUCUCCUGCUACGAGACGAACGACAACUCCCUGGUGUACUUUGCCUACUACCACGGCCUGCUGGGCACCAGGCUGUGGACAGACCUGCAGAACUUCUGCUGCUCAAAGGGGAAAUGCAAUUUCCAUGACAGCUCCAGUCUGAACUGCACUCUUGCCAUGGCGGAGGUGAUCCGCAUUGUGGACGGGUCGGGCCUCAACAUCUACAACCUGUAUGCUCCUUGUGCCGGAGGAGUGCCUGGAAGCUUCAGGUAUGAGGACGGGAAACUGGUCACCCAUGACCUGGGCAAUAACUUUAUAAGGCAGUCGGUUAAUUACGCUUGGAGGCAGAAUCUGCUCUCGCUGCCUGUCGGCAAGAAGGGCGUGCGGCUGGACCCUCCCUGCACCAACACCACGGCCCCCUCCAACUACAUGAAUGACGCCCAGGUGCGCAAGGCUUUGCACAUUGUUGACGAUGCCCCCGACUGGGAGAUGUGCAGCUUCGACGUGAGCCGGGGCUACAAGCGCCUUUACAGCAAGAUGAACGACCAGUACCUGAAACUGCUGGGCACCGCGAAAUACCGGAUCUUGCUGUACAACGGGGACGUGGACAUGGCCUGCAACUUCCUGGGCGACGAGUGGUUCGUGAACUCCCUGGGCCAGAAGGUGGAGGUUAGUCGCCGGCCCUGGAUCUACACAGACGAGAACGGGCAAGAUCAGAUUGGAGGCUUCGUGAAAGAGUUCACAAACAUCUCCUUCCUCACAGUCAAGGGCGCGGGCCACAUGGUGCCCACGGACAAGCCGCGAGCUGCCUUCAACAUGUUUGACCGCUUCAUCAACAAGAAGCCCUUCUAGCCCUGGGCCGCUUUGCCUCUCCUGCACCCGUGGGUGCUCCAUCGCCACCCCUCCCCCAGCGGGGCUGCAGCCUGUGGUGUCGAGAGGGCGAGGACUGAUCCUGCGCUCCUGGCCCCCAGCCAGGGCAGCCCUCUGCACGGGUCCUCCUGCCUGGGCUCCGUAACCAGCCUGGACUUCCUGGGGGGCCGGGGGUCUGGCAGGGGCUGCGGGGGCUCUCCCCCCCUGCUUCCUUUUUGCACUUUCUCUGGUAGGGCGAAGGAGCCCCUCUGGAGGGGGCCCCAGUUCUCCGCCCGAGUUCUCAAUCACUCCAGCUGAUGAAGGAACCUGGGUCUCAGGUUGACGGGCAGCCUGGCCGGGCCAGGGUUGGACGACACCCCUGAUUUCUGGAACUCUAGUGGGGGUGUGGGGCAUGCUAUUAAACUGUUGUCCUAAGG